UGCGGUCUUGUUGAAUGUGCAGGACCAGCAGUAGAGGUUGUUUCCUGGAUUCUAGUCUUGCUAUCAGUCCUUACUCCAGCAGGGGGAGGAGGAGGAGGAGGGAGGAGGAGGAGGAGGAAGGGGGAGUUGGUCUUUUAUCGGAUUGAUUCCUGACCCAAUCGGGUUCUGUUGUGCGGUGCUGCAGUGUGUCACAGCUGUUUGUGUAGCCGCUUUCUAACAAGGGGGGAAGAUAUCGGUACAUUUGUAUGUUUUUUUAGAAUCACAUUCCCGGCCUACCGGUCAUUUUUACCCCCGCCGCCGCUGCAGUCUCGCAAGUUGCUGGCUGGAUAUGGACGGACCCCAGUGAGCUCAACACGCCGACAUCCGAGGACGUGAUCCCCGCCAGUGGAGCUCGAGUGACCAGCCAAACAUGUUUGUGCCCCCGUUUCCAUGGUAACCAAGAGGAGCAUGUCCGUCCAAGAAAGAAAGAGUUAACCUCGCCUCCACCUACCUGUCAAACGACCCGCCAUUUCCUGUCAACCGACAACCCACUGUGACUUCUACAUUCAUUGAAUACACUUAAACGACAAACCCCCCACCCACCCACCCCCCCCCCCCCCCAUCCACCACCCCGUUCUGGAAAAAGAGGAUUAUCAUGGCCAAUAACACGGCAGACCACCCUGCGGGGAACUCGGUGGCCGAUGGCAACCACGAUGGUGACUUUGGGGUGACGCUGAUGGACCUGAGGGGUCUGAUGGAGCUGCGGAGCGGAGAGGCCGUCAACAAAAUACGGGACUCGUACGGAGACGUGCAGGGCAUUUGCCGCCGCCUGAAAACAUCGCCCAUUGAAGGUCUAUCCGGGAACCCCGUGGAUCUGGAGAAACGACACACUUCAUUCGGAAAGAACUUCAUCCCGCCGAAAAAGGCCAAGACUUUCCUGCAGCUGGUGUGGGAAGCUCUGCAAGACGUCACGCUCAUCAUCCUGGAGAUAGCAGCCAUCAUCUCGCUGGGCUUGUCUUUCUAUCAUCUACCAGGAGGAGACAGUGAAGCAUGCGGCCAGGCGGCAGGAGGCGUGGAGGACGAAGGCGAGGCCCAGGCGGGCUGGAUCGAGGGCGCCGCCAUCCUGUUCUCGGUCAUCAUCGUGGUCCUGGUGACGGCUUUCAACGACUGGUCCAAGGAGAAGCAGUUCAGAGGGCUUCAGAGUCGCAUUGAGCAAGAGCAGAAGUUCACGGUCAUCCGUAAAGGCCAGGUGAUCCAAAUCCCGGUGGCUGAGAUCGUAGUGGGAGACAUCGCGCAGAUCAAAUACGGAGAUCUUCUACCCGCUGACGGCAUUCUGAUCCAAGGCAACGACCUGAAGAUCGAUGAGAGCUCCCUGACUGGUGAAUCGGAUCAGGUCCGCAAGUCUCUGGAGAAGGAUCCCAUGUUGCUGUCUGGUACGCACGUGAUGGAGGGCUCGGGAAGAAUGGUGGUGUCGGCCGUCGGACUCAACUCUCAAACCGGAAUCAUCUUCACGUUGCUGGGUGCCGGUGAGAACGAAGAGGAGAAGAAGGUCAAGAAAAGUAAAAAACAAGGACCCCCCGAAAAUCGCAACAAAGCCAAGACGCAGGACGGCAUCGCGUUAGAGAUCCAGCCGCUCAAGAGCGAGGAGGCCGCCGAGUUGGAAGAAAAGGAGGAGAAAGAGGAGGCCAAACCGGUCAAGAAAGUCAACGUACCCAAGAAGGAAAAGUCUGUGCUGCAGGGAAAACUCACAAGACUCGCCGUGCAGAUUGGCAAAGCCGGUCUCAUUAUGUCAGCGGUGACGGUCAUCAUCCUCAUCCUCUACUUUGUCAUCGACACCUUCGGGAUCAAGGGUCUCACGUGGACGGCCGACUGCACCCCCAUCUACAUCCAGUACUUUGUCAAGUUCUUCAUCAUCGGCGUGACUGUGCUGGUGGUGGCCGUCCCCGAAGGGCUGCCGCUGGCCGUCACCAUCUCACUGGCGUACUCUGUGAAGAAAAUGAUGAAGGACAACAACCUGGUGCGUCACCUGGACGCCUGCGAGACCAUGGGCAACGCCACGGCCAUCUGCUCCGAUAAAACCGGCACGCUGACUAUGAACCGCAUGACGGUGGUGCAGGCGUACAUCGGCGACACGCAUUAUAAAACCGUACCGGAGCCGGACGUCAUCAAACCAGGAACCCUGGAGGUUAUGGUCAACAGCAUCUCCAUCAACUCGGCCUACACCACCAAGAUCCUGCCUCCAGAGAAAGAAGGCGGUCUCCCCCGUCAUGUGGGCAACAAGACAGAGUGCGCUCUGCUGGGUCUGGUAUUGGAACUGAAGCGGGACUACCAGCCAAUUAGAGAAGAGGUGCCCGAGGAGAAGCUCUACAAGGUCUACACCUUCAACUCCUCCCGCAAGUCCAUGAGCACGGUGCUGAAGAAUGCCGACGGAGGCUUCCGCAUGUACAGCAAGGGAGCAUCAGAGAUCAUCCUCAGGAAGUGCUCUCGAAUCCUGGACGCCGACGGCCAGCCUCGCGUCUUCAAACCAAAAGACAGAGAUGAAAUGGUGCGCAAGGUGAUCGAACCCAUGGCCUGCGACGGUCUCAGGACCAUCUGUGUGGCCUUCAGGGACUUCCCCGCUGAGGCGGGAGAGCCCAACUGGGACGUGGAGAAUGAAAUCCUCAACGAACUCACCUGCAUCGCCGUUGUCGGCAUCGAGGACCCCGUCAGACCUGAAGUACCUGCAGCUAUCUCCAAGUGCCAACGUGCAGGUAUCACAGUGCGCAUGGUUACGGGCGACAACAUCAACACAGCCCGGGCCAUUGCGACAAAGUGCGGCAUCCUGCUCCCCAACGAGGACUUCCUGUGCCUGGAGGGCAAAGAGUUCAACCAGCAGAUCAGGAACGAUAAGGGCGAGGUGGAACAAGAACGCCUGGACAAAGUUUGGCCCAAACUGCGAGUUCUGGCUCGUUCAUCUCCAACAGACAAACACACGCUAGUCAAAGGCAUCAUUGACAGCACGGUCGGCGAGACCCGUCAGGUGGUGGCGGUGACAGGAGACGGGACCAACGACGGCCCCGCCCUCAAGAAAGCGGAUGUCGGCUUUGCCAUGGGUAUCGCCGGCACCGACGUGGCCAAAGAAGCGUCUGACAUCAUCCUGACAGACGACAACUUCACGAGCAUCGUCAAGGCGGUCAUGUGGGGCAGGAACGUCUACGACAGCAUCUCCAAGUUCCUUCAGUUUCAGCUGACCGUCAACGUGGUCGCCGUCAUCGUGGCCUUCACGGGCGCUUGCAUCACGCAGGACUCCCCCCUGAAGGCUGUCCAAAUGUUGUGGGUCAACCUCAUCAUGGACACGCUGGCGUCGCUGGCGCUGGCCACCGAGCCGCCCACCGAGUCUCUGUUGCUACGGAAACCUUACGGCCGCAACAAGCCCCUCAUCUCCAGGACUAUGAUGAAGAACAUCCUGGGCCAUGCCGUGUACCAGCUCGUCAUCAUCUUCACACUCUUAUUUGCCGGCGAGAAAUUCUUCGACAUCGACAGCGGCCGUAACGCUCCCUUGCACUCGCCGCCGUCUGAGCACUACACCAUCGUCUUCAACGUCUUCGUCAUGAUGCAGCUCUUCAACGAGAUCAACGCCAGGAAGAUCCACGGAGAGAGGAACGUCUUCGAGGGUGUCUACAGGAACCCGAUCUUCUGCAGCGUUGUGCUGGGAACCUUCGCCCUGCAGAUCAUCAUCGUUCAGUUUGGUGGGAAGCCGUUCUCCUGCACAGCUUUGACCAUCGACCAGUGGCUGUGGUGUGUCUUCAUCGGCGUGGGGGAGCUGCUGUGGGGACAGCUGAUCUCGGCCAUCCCCACCCACCACCUGAAGUUCCUCAAGGAGGCAGGUCACGGCAUCACCAAGGAGGAGAUCCCCGAAGAGGAGCUGACUGAAGAUGCCGACGAGAUUGACCAUGCCGAGAUGGAGCUCAGGAGGGGUCAGAUCCUCUGGUUCAGAGGUCUGAACCGCAUCCAGACCCAGAUGGAUGUGGUCUAUACCUUCCAGACGGGCCAGGCGGCCGUGCCCGGUGCCCUGCGCCGCCAGCCGUCUGUCGUCAGCCAGCACAAUGACGCCAUUAAGGUGGUCAACGCGUUCCGUAGCUCCCUGUACGAGGGGCUGCAGAGUCCAGAGUCGCGUAGCUCCAUCCACAGCUUCAUGGCCCAUCCCGAGUUCGUCCCCCUGUCCGAGGAGGAGGCUCGCAUCCCCCCCAUCGAGGAGACCGGAGACGAGAUCGAAUCCCUCCCCAGCGCCUCCUCUGGAGCGGGGGACGCAUGAGCAAGUUAUCCAUUUGAGCUCCUCCUCCUCCUCUUCCUCCUCAGCGUCACACCCUCCAUUCGUCCUCCACGCCAUGUUGUCUUUGUCAUACAGCCUCAUUUGGCCUGGAAGUCCUCGCCCCACGCAGACUGACCCCACCCCGCCGCCAUCAUACACACACACACACACACGUUCAUCAGCAGAGGGCGAAGCCUCCACAGCGGAAUUCUCCCGCCUUUGUCCGUUCACGGGUUGUUGUUUUUAUUUGUAUCUAUUCUUUUUUUUCGCUUUUUUUUCCUUGUGAAAACGCCUUUUGCAGGUUUUGCAGCAGCAUGUCGUUUUCUCUACUCGCUUCCUUCGGGAAAAAAAGAAAAAAAAACGGCACUGGACUUGACAAAAAAAAGAGCGAUGAUUGUCGUGUACAUAUGCUUCCGCUAACCCCCUUCACAGCCAGGUCACAUGACCACUCCUAAGGUUUUUUUUUUAAAGACAAAUGCAAAAAUGUAACCCUAUUUUUCCCCUCAAUGUUUUUUUUUGUUUUUUUUUUAAAUCCUGUAACAAAUGUUGAUUGAUACUACGAUCCUACGACUGUCUCGUGAGUGUGACACUACAGUCUUUAAGGUGGAACUUUAAAAAAAAAAAUGUUCUUCCCUUAAGGUGUCUUUUAUGUCCUGCUUUUUCUUUUGCGCCGCUGUGCUGCAUGUGGAAGGACUGAAUGUUUACUCUUAAAAUAUCUAACAUGGCGGCGUCCAACAGAGGCCCUCGCUUCCUGCUCGCUUCUAACCGGGCCCCCCCCCUCACCCGAAGCAGACGGUGGGCCUUCUUUUCCACAUCACUGCUCGGAUGCAUGUUCUGUGUCACUGGUGUUGCGUCGCAUGAUAACUUCGGAAUGAUGAAUAUUUGGGGAUUCUGUUCAGUUGGUCGUCUGCGUGCUCGCGCCGCCUCUCGCUUCCGGUUUGCUCGGGCUUGACGUUUACAUGAUGAGAUCUAGCGCCUUCUGGAGUAGAAGAGCGGAAUUGCUAGCAUCAGCUAGCAUUGCUAGCAUCGCUUCUUGAAGCUUUGCUAGCGUUGGAGGACUAGUUAGUUUUACUUUGACCUCAAGCAGACCGGAAGUUGAUGGCUGUGUGGACACGAGUCGGCCAUCUUUGUGUGUUUUGGGUUUUUUUUCCCUCUCUCCCGCCUUUUGUCAAACUGUGGACUCAGUCGGCUGUCAGUGACGUCAUCAUGCUGUGGAUGCAGCCCCGUUCAGUCCGGUCAUGACUUCCUGUCAGGGAAGCCUCCUGCCAUAUUUGUGUGAAAGCUUCUUCUGACCAGCUUUUUUCUAUGUAACUCAGAGCCAUAUUCUACUCCAUUUUUCUCUCAGAUGGCUUUUCCUUUCGACUUUCACGGCACCAAGCCCCCCCCCCGGUUCUUAGUCCACACACAACCAAAAAAAAAAAAAACAACAAACAAAAAAAAAAACAGCAGGGAGCAAACCCCUCCGUCGUCACUGCCGAAAGAGUCUCAAAAGGACCUCUACGAUGUUUACAUGAAGCGUCAUCCCACCACUUCCCGUCAUUCCCUUAGCUUUCCUCCAAUCUUGCUACGGAAUGGGGAAACUUUUCUUGCAUGGUUUUUCAUAUCAAUUUCAAUGUGUUGCUCAUUUUUUACAAUUCUUCUGUAUUUUUAUAUUCAGUACUUUUUAAUAUUUUGGAGAAUAUAUGAUGUAUAGGCGUUGCCGAGCGUUCCAUGAAUGAGAUCAGUCCAGCGUCUUUUUUCGCGCUCUCUUAAAUAUCGAUGCCACGUGUGUCGCCAUGGUUACCUGACUUUAGGGCUCACAAACCUGUAAGUGACUUGUUUACGCUAUUUUCAAUUGGAACGCACUCGAACGUAAAAAAAAACGCCCUCUUCACACACACACAAAGUGAUGAUCGUGGAAUGGGAAUGUGUCCGUCUCGCUCCCGCUUCCUCCUCUCCUUGUUGACGGAAGCAUUUUUUUUUUUUUUGGCUUAGCGCUCCGAUUGGCUGCUGUCACGGCUGAGGAGGAGGAGUCAGGAAUAACAAAGUGGAUCAAUAAUCACGGAUGAGUUUGGAGGAAGCCAUUAUUUGCCGGAAUGUGUCUGAACUCUGAACCUCCAAACAGCAUCACCAUGGCGACAGCAUCUUGACUCCAUAAUGGGGGCGUGGCAAGCGACGGGACCUCACUGGAUAUGAGGACUUUUCGAAAGUGACAUCACAUCCUCUUCCUGUGCAGUCGUACGUGUAAAUAGUGUCUGAUUGGAGGGCAGCCAGCUCAUCAUGAGCCAUCUUAGCUUUAAAGACGUUCUGCCAAAAUCUCUUUCGGUUUCGUUUCUUCCUUCCACCCUCCGCCGUACCCCAAAAAAUCAAGCGCACCCAUUUGUCGCGGUGGUCUCGUCCUUGUGUUGGACUGGUUGCCCUCACUUUCAUGUUGCUUGAUGCUGUUCACCAUCAGGAUUCAGGCUCAGACACAGACUUGAUUUUUAGUUCCCGGGACAUCCGUUUUUUUUUUGUUUCAUGGAGAGGAAAGUUGCGUAUGAUUCCCGCCAUUUGACUUCCUGCCUUUCUCAGAGCAGCUUCCUGCCAUGGGAUCUUCUUUGGAGAGAGACUUAAGAGACAUGUCCGCUUGGAAUUUGACAGAACUCCCGGCCACUUUAUAUUCCGAUGAUGACCUUAUAUCCAUAUAUUUAGAUCUAAUAUGGUGGAACCUCGGGAAGUUCAUCUGUUCCAGUGUCAAACUGUGACCGUUUACAGAUCAUCAUUUUCUAUGGUUAUCAUUACAAAUCACUGGUAACCAUCAGCAGUGGCGUUAUUUUUAUUUUAUUUUAUUUUUAAUCCAAAGAAAAACAAAAAAUUUCUGAGUUGACGUCUGGAGCAAAUCUUUCAACUUUUUUGGCUAAACUUCAGAUUGUACCACUUCUGGAGGUUCCACUGUACAGUGUCUAUAUAAAUAUAUUAGAUUUAAAUAUAUUGAUAUAUAUAUAUAUGGAGUUGAUGACAAAAAAGACUGAAACAAGUUUUGUUUUCUGUGAAUAUUAUGAAACACAAUAAGCGUUGGUGUUAUUUUUGUAAGACAUAAUCAUCUAUGUGGCAUGCAUGACAUAUAUCCAAAAGUUGGUGGUUUUAAAGCAAUAUGUCCGACCUGGUGCGAUUGGUUGCGUCGUGUUCUGUGUCGCCUCAAGCCACUCUGUACCAAAAACCAAGGGAAAAAAAAAAACAUACAAAAAAGAGCAACUGCAUUUGGAUAAAACUAACUGUCGAGUGUACGUGUUCAAUGUCGUGUUCUGCAUGUUUUAGUACGGAAUGGAACUUCCCAAAUGUUGACUUGUUGUUUUUCCCACAACAAUCCCUUCCAACAUUUCAAACUGUGACGUCUGAUGGAUGGCUCAUUCCCAUUCCCUCAUACCUCCUCCUCCUCCUUCUCAUGGCGCCUUCUCAUUCUCCGCCGCAUCCCGUCACGUAGAAGGUUGAUGUUGGGCAGCCAUGUCAGGUGACGUCAUGCUAAACGUCACCGUGUCCAUCAGAGCUGCGAGUCAGGAUCGGAAAGAUUUAGUCAAAACGUAUUCCCAACAAAAGCAAUCAUUUGUGUCAAAUAUUCACUUUACUUCCCAGACAAAUCAACAUUUGAGAGGGUGAAUUAAUACAAGGAAUGGUUGCCUGAAAGAGCACUGAAAAUUCUUAAUACUCAUUAAAAUAUUUGCCAAAUUAUAUUUUUGUUGUUUUUCCCCCUCAUUUGCUGUGUAGAAGCUUAGGAGGAAAACGUUUUUUGUACGUGUCAUUUUUUUUUUUUUUUUUUUGUGGAGCUUGCAUGUAAACUCUGGAGGUUGUUUAUGCUAGCAUAGCUAGUCAUUACGCUAAGCUAGGCUAACACUAGCACAUGUGUGUCAUUUAUAUUUUUGCAAUGAGAUUUUCCAAAUAUAUUACCCGAUGGUACUAUAUAGGUAAAACGUCGAUUAUCUAUAAAAACAUAACCAAUGUUACACAAAUAAUGACUUUGUUAGACAGGUAGCCGUUAGCUAGCCAGGAAGUCAAAAAAACAUGGCCGAGCAUGCCAGUGUUUGUUUUAGUUGUACGACAAAGUUGUACUUAACAGGAAGAUUAUGUGACAAAUUACCUGAAUUUCGCUUGAAAUCCACUCAUUUUGUGACAAGAACAUUAUACGGAGGAAGACAUGGUAGUCGACACGAGUAAUGAUAGUAUGAUUGUAAUCAUUUGUGUACAAAACAACUUCUUAGUAAUCCCGUCACCUAUUGGAUAGCGCCAGUUGAACGUUUCCUUCUUCCUGUUUGUGUCUCUCCUUCUCACUUCCUGUGUAUGUUUGACCACUUCCUGUUUAUUUUUUUUUACCACUUCCCGUUGGCUUCAAUCUAUGCAACACGAUCGUCCCGUUCCACCGCAGCGCUUCCUUGGCUUCCUUCCCUGCCAUCGUCGUCUUCAUCCAGUGUCCGACCACCCUCCUCGCGGUCCAUUGCCGUGUGGAAGACAUGUUUGCACACACACACGCGCACACGCACACGCAGACAUGUUUUCUUUGCUCUUGUAGAUAUGAUGAUGUGGAAUGCCUUGCUCUUCUUAGUGUCAUGUUGUUUGAACUUAGCGCUGAACAAAAGAUGAUAAUCAAGUUGUUACAUAUGUCUAUGUAUAAUAUAUAAAUAUAUAUAUAAAUAUAUACAAAUCUAUACAUAAAAUAAAGCCAUUGGAAUUUGAAAUAGA